AUGCGCUUCGAAGCUAGACUCGUCCCGCGCCGCGUCCUCCUGUCGAUCCGGGGAGCAAUCGAACCGUCGCCGCUCGUCGCGUCGUCGCAUGCUCCUCCCGCCGUUCCGAUUGCGACUAUCCUGCGACCUUCUUCCUCGCACCCCUCAUUUCCAAACAUCAUCCCUCUGCACAUAGUGCAUCUCACCGACGCCUACUGGCAGCGAGUGGUGGCGCACUGUUGUGGGGGAGAUCCGCAGCGGCCGCACUCCACCCAUCUCCCUAUCAUGUUACGCUCCCUCCCUCUGCACCGCACUGCACCCCUCCCUGCAGAUCAACAUCCCGCUAUCAACAUCCCACUGCACAUAGUGCAUCUCACAGACGCCUACUGGCAGCGAGUGGUGGCUCACUGUGUAGGGGAGAUCCGCAGCGGCCGCACCCCUAACCCUGACAUGCUCUGCAACUCGCGCAUCAAGUUUGGUGCCUUCUACGAUCAUCUAGACUUCACUCACUUUGACCGCGUGGCAUCGGGGCACUAUGCCCGUGUUGCCCGCUCACCAGCUGACCCUUCUGCUGCUGUGCGCCUGGUCCUAUCAGCAGAUGAGGUGAAGGAUCAGACCUACUUCCUCUCGCACCUAUCGCAGCAGCAGUUGUCUCGAGUCAUGUUCCCCCUUGGCGCCCUCACCAAGUCCCAGGUGCGACAGCUGGCAGCGGCGUUCAACCUGCCCAACCAGAGCAGGAAGGACUCCCAGGGGAUCUGCUUCCUGGGGAAGGUGAAGUUCCCAGAGUUCGUGGCGCGGCAUGUGGGCGAGCAGGAGGGGCUGCUGGUGGAGGCAGAGAGUGGGGAGGCCCUGGGCGUGCACAGAGGCUUCUGGUUCUUCACCAUCGGGCAGCGGCAAGGCAUCAAACUCUCUGGCGGGCCGUGGUACGUGGUUGCUAAAGACACGGCCACCAACACGGUCUUCGUCUCACGAGACUAUCACUCUUCAGCCAAGUCCCGCUGGCGGUUCUGGGUGGGCGGGUUCAGCUGGACUCAAGGUGGCGAGUGCAGCCCUCCUUUGACUGAACGACCAAAUCUGACGUGCAAGGUCCGCCACGGCCCCCACUUCUACCCCUGCUCUGUGCAGUUUGCUGAGCUGCCAGCAUCCAUGCGUCCAGAUGCACUGAACCAUCCGCCAGCAGAAACAGGUUUAGCACUAGAGGAGGCAGCAGCGGAAGAGGCAGCAGCAGCAGGAGAGGCAGUAGCAGCAGCAACAGGAGCAGCAGCAGCAGCAGCAGCAGCAGCAGCAGCAGCAGGAGCAACAGCAGAAGCAGGAGAGGCAUCACCAUUACGAGGGGCAUCAGCAGCAGGAGAGGCAGCAGCAGUGGCAGGGCUGGUGACUCUAUCCCAGGACGACCAAGGCCUGGCUGCCGGCCAGUUUGCUGCCUUCUAUGAUGGUGACACGUGCCUCGGGUCCGGCGUCAUCAUUGGCGUGCCGCCCGGGGACGACACAGUGGGUGGCAAAAGUGGCAGCAGCAGCAACAGCAGCAGCAGCACAGAGCUGCACCUGCAGUCGGGCCAACAGGAAGUAGACGAUCCAGUGGAGGAGGCUAUAGCGCGUAUGAAGGCUGACGACGCCACGCCAGACCCUGCCGCCCUGCUGCUGCAGCGGCCAGAGCUAGGGGAUGUUGCCCCGGGAAUGGGGGGAUUACUGGGUUUACCCUCUUUUAGGGUUCGCGGGGAGGAGUGGGAGGGAGGGUCGGGGCUGGAAGGGAGGGGAGGAGAGGGGAGUGGGGGGGAUGGGAGAGCGGGAGGUGGUUCGUUUGGAGGUGGUUAUAACGAGGAUGGGAAUGUGAUUGAUUUGGAAGGGGUGUUGGAUGGAGGGGAGGAGGAGGAGGAGGAGGAGGGGGAUGAAGGGGGGAUUGAUAUGGGAGAUUUACUAGCGGGGUUAGGGGAGGGGGACGAGGCGGAAGAGGGUAGAGAAAGGGAGGAGGAGGGAGAAAGGGGAGGGGAUGAGAGGGAGGAGGAGGGGGAGGAAAGGGGAGAGGAAGGGGGGCGAGUGGGAGGAACUGCGUUGGCGUUGGGGGAGGAGGAAGGGGAGUGGGGCAAGGCGUUGGGAGACGAACUGGGAAGGGGAAGGACGAUGGAAAGAGAAACGGAAGAGGGGAUACUAGAGGCACCAGGGGAGGAAAAUGGAGAGCUCGUGGUGGGGAUGGGUGAGAGAAGAGAGAGAAUCGGUGGUGAGGGAUGCAAAGCGGUGGAGGGAGGUGGGGCAGGAGAUGCAGGAGGAAGGGGACUAGUAGGAGAAGGAGCAAGAGUGAGCGAUUUAGAGGAAGGGACGUACUCAGUGCAGCAGCAGAGAGAUGUGCUUUCAGAAAGGGAGCAGAUUCAGUCAGAAGAGAUGGUGACUUUGGAUAGAAAUGCUCGUGGUGCUGUAACGGGUGCUUUGGCGUGUGACAAUAGGGAGAGUGACACAAGGGAGGGUGACCUAGGGGAGAGUGACCAAGAGGAGAAUAGUCACGCCUUGGAGGGGGCUAAUGGAGCUAAUGGUCACUUGGAGCGUCCGUUUCAGCAGCUUAAUGAAUCGGAGAGGCGACACUAUAACGAGGACGAUGUGGAUAUGGAGGCAUUAGAGGAGCUGCUGCAGCUGUGUGCUGAUGAUGAUGCCUCGAUAGCAGCAGAGCGGUCGCUGGCGGCAGUGGCGGGGAUAGCAGCCGAGUGUUUGGAGCGGGAGUUGAGUCGGUUUGAGGUGAUCUGCCCGCCUGGCGGGGAGAAGCUGGUGGUGCUGUAUGUGACUUCGCUUGAAGCAGUCAGGAAGACGCAUGCUGACUGUGUGAAGAUGCGGGCACUCCUCAAGGUGAGCGGUGUGCUCAAGAGCCUUCACCUGCGAUUCCAGGAGCGUGACGUGGCACUACACUCAGCUUACCAGGAUGAGCUGCUGCUGCUAUUCGCGGGGGACAUGCCACGUGUCCCGCAGCUAUUCGUGCGCGGGCGGCACGUGGGCGGCACGGAAGCUGUGCUACAGAUGUACGAGGAGGGGGCGCUAGACGCCCUGGUUGUCUGGCUCAAGGCGGCGGGCGGCGGCGCGGCUGUAGCGGCCAGCGGGCGGCGUAGUUUGUCUGUUAGUGCUGCUGGUGGUGCUGCUGCUGGUUCUUCUGCCGGUGCUACUGGUGGGAAUGUGUGUAGUAGUUGUGGCGAUGUGCGGUUUGUUCCCUGCAGUUAUUGCCAUGGAAGCAGGAAGGUAGCUUCUGGGGGAGGUGCUGGUGGUAGUGGGGUCACAUGCCUUGUUCCCUUAACGCUCGCGCCUCUCUGUCUGCCUCCCUGUGCGUCUGCUGCACCACCCACUCCUCAAACGGCGUGCCCAGGUUCCACCAGCCGGCCGUGCGCUUAG